AUGUUUUUCUUUAUUAAUCAAAAAGGGCCUCUCACAGAUGGCAUCUUAAGAAUUUCAGGCAGUGUAAAAGCAUGUGGAGCCCUAAAGGAGAAACUAAAUUCUGGAGAAAAAGUGAACUUGGACGAUGAAUCUGUUUUUGUCAUAGCAUCUGUCUUAAAGGAUUUUUUUCAAAACAUCCAAGACAGUAUAUUUUCAUCUGAUCUCUAUGAUAAAUGGCUUGCUGUUAUUGUUCAAGGGAAUGAGGAGGAGAAAAUGACUGCAGUCCAGAGGCUUUUAGACCAAAUGCCAAAAGCCAAUGUCGUUCUCCUGCAAUACCUUUUUGGAGUGUUACACAACAUUGAACAACAUUCUGCAUUCAAUCAGAUGACAGCUUAUAAUUUAUCAGUGUGUACAGCUGCAGGCAUUCUUUGGUCUUCUAUUUUGUGCAGACCACGAAUAAAAAUUGAAUUGAGAAAAAAGAUAUCUCUUGUACAAUUUCUUAUUGAAAAUUGCUUCAAAAUAUUUGGAGACUAUAUCCCUUCCCUCUUGGAGGAAAGCUCAAUGAUUACAAAAAUGAAUUGUGAUGAUUCAGAGAAGGCUUCAGGUACUGUGAAUAAUUUAAUGGCUUUUGGAAGAAACAGUGAGCCUGGUAGGAGUCAUGGGUGA